AUGGGCUUCAAGUCCAUUCUCGAGCUAGGGGUGGUCUACCUCUCCCUGACCGUCAUCCACUUCUUCCAGUUCGUCCUCGCCAUCACCGUCAUCGGUCUCUAUGGCACCGAUCUGCAGCGCGCGCGCGAGGCCGACAGCUACGUCGACGCGAAAUGGGUCUACGCCGUUGUCGUCGGCGCUCUUUCCGCCCUGACGGCCCUCCUCUUCAUGGUCCCGUUCAUUCUGCGCUUCGCCUUCACAUUUGUGUGGGACUUGGUUCUCUUCGUCCUCUGGAUCGUUGCAUUCGGCAUCUUUGGCCAUAUGUACAUCAACGAAAAUGCAGAGGGCGACGGUGCUAUUGAGCGCAUGAAGAACGCAGUCUGGGUGCUCCUCGCCAAUGCCUUGCUCUGGCUGAUCACGGCCAUCUUCAUGGGCAUCUACUGGUUCCGCCACCGCGAGCGUCACUCGCGCUUCACCGGCCGCGCCAGGGUUUGA